UUCGAUAAUGAUACUCGCGGUUGAGUGUUAAUUAAAUGAGAAUAAAUAAAUAAAUAUCGUGUCGAUCGCUGAAAGCCUAAUAAAAUCCACGAGUACGCACGCGUUUAUUUAACGUUUCGCAAAAAACAGUUGUCUUUCUCUCUUUUGGGUCUCCCCAGUGCGCACCUGUAAUCCGAAUAGUGAUGCCCGUCUCACAGCCAGUGCGUGCCCGGAGCUUGUUGAGAGCAAACCUGGAAAAGCCGAGGUCCAGCUCGAGUCUGCAAAGCAGGAUGCCGAACAUCAAAGUAUUCAGCGGUACGUCCCAUCCGGACCUUGCCCAGCGCAUCGUCGACAGGCUGGGCAUCGACAUCGGCAAAGUCGUCACUAAGAAAUUCAGUAACCUCGAAACUUGCGUGGAGAUCGGUGAGUCAGUUAGAGGAGAAGAUGUCUACAUCAUCCAGAGCGGCAGUGGGGAAGUCAAUGAUAAUCUUAUGGAAUUACUUAUUAUGAUCAACGCUUGCAAGAUUGCAUCUGCCUCCCGGGUAACUGCUGUUAUCCCUUGCUUCCCAUAUGCCAGGCAGGAUAAGAAAGACAAGGGAGGUGAAGGUGGGGACAAGUCAGACUCGUCUAAGAGUCAAAUUGUUACAAUGAAGUCAAACGAAUGGAAAUUCAGGAGUCGAGCGCCAAUCUCGGCCAAGUUGGUGGCCAACAUGUUGUCGGUCGCGGGUGCUGACCAUAUCAUCACCAUGGACCUCCACGCUAGCCAGAUCCAAGGAUUCUUCGAUAUUCCCGUGGACAAUCUGUUCGCCGAGCCAGCCGUGCUCAAGUGGAUCAAAGAGAACAUCGCCGAGUGGCGAAACAGCACCAUCGUCUCGCCCGACGCCGGCGGUGCCAAGAGAGUUACGUCCAUUGCCGACAGAUUAAACGUGGAUUUCGCUCUGAUACACAAAGAAAGGAAGAAGGCCAACGAAGUCGCUAGUAUGGUAUUAGUCGGAGACGUAAAAGACCGAGUAGCCAUCCUCGUUGAUGAUAUGGCAGACACCUGUGGCACAAUCGUACACGCCGCCGACAAACUCGUCGAGGCCGGGGCCGUCAAAGUCUACGCCAUCCUGACGCACGGCAUCUUCAGCGGGCCCGCCAUCAGCCGGAUAAACAACGCGUGCUUCGAGGCCGUCGUCGUCACGAACACCAUUCCCCAGGACGAGCACAUGAAGGAGUGCUCCAAAAUUAAGUGCAUCGACAUUUCCAUGAUGUUCGCCGAGGCUGUCCGAAGGACUCACAACGGAGAAUCCGUCUCCUACUUGUUCUCCAACGUCCCUUAUUAAGACUGUAAAUUCUAAAAAAAA